UGUGAUGAAUCGCUCCCCGUUUAUGUAAACGGUGUCAAACCAGAACUCACUUACAACGGGGAGAAACUGAAAUUUGGUAUGGGAGCGGUCAAAGACUCAUAUGGUGCAGCUCCAUUCCUUCAAAUCCCAGUUGGUGACGGAUCACAGCUACGGGUGCCAAAAGCAUUUUAUCAUUAUACGGAAAGAGACUUGGGAGCAGAUGCAGGUUGGGGUGUACCUAGCGAUGGUAGGCUUAUGGCACUGAACACCUUGGUGAAGAACAAUAGAAAGGAAAUAAAUGGUGUCUAUUUACCUUUCCCGAAUAUGGAUCCCAUCAAUCUGCAUUUCAUUUCACAAAAGAUCUGCCGAAUUUCUUCCGAAGUUGAAUGCGAGGAAGCGCUACUGCACUACCACAGGACAAAAGCUAAUGCUCUUCGACAACAAAGCAAACCCUUGCAUCAACAACUUCUCAACUUGAGCGAUUUGACCUCUUAUUCGACACUGCGCGACCGGGAAGGCGGUGGAUUGGGAGUCGUGGUUGGGGUCCCUGGUUACGAUCCCUUGUACGUAGGAGCUGCAUUAGAUGCAAACAAAGAUGCCAAACUAGGACUUCGAUUUUCGCCGCCUGAAUGA